AUGCAGUUCUCCUACCAAGUGAUCACCACCUUCAUGGCCUUCGUGCUCUUCAACUCGGUUGGCGCCGCUCCCGUCGUCGACGGAACCGAUGCUGCCGCUGGUGCCGCUGCCUGGGCCGAUCCCACUGACUGCCACCGAUUCUACGAGUGCCCUCCCGGUGGAAAGCCCGUCCUGAAGACCUGUGGCCCUGGAACCGCCUUCCAGUCUCAGACCAGUGUCUGUGACUACGAGCACCUCGUGGCUAGCUGCUGGCACCACUAG